CCAUCAAUUCACAGCUUCAGUGGCAAAAAUCAGUAGAGACUGCCAUGGAACCCCAUCGUUCUCAGAGAAAAUCUUCCAUCACAACCACUUCCACUACCACUCUUCCCAUCUACCGCUCUGCUCCUCCUCUUGAAGUCAGGCUUGAAGAUUUCGAGCUUUAUGCCAUAGAUCGUCUUCGAGUUCUUAAAGGGAUUUCUGAUGGGUUAUCCAGAGGAAAGAAAUCUGAAGAAAUGGAGAAACUGGUUAGAGAAUUGUUGAAAACCCAUAUGAAACAUCCACAGGCAUCUGAGGUUGUGAACAAGGAUAUUAUAUCUCACUUUGUUCUGCGCCUUGUAUACUGCAGAACGGAGGACUUGAGAAAAUGGUUUCUUUCUAUGGAAACUAUGCUAUUCCGACAUCGUUUUCUUUCUCAAAGUCCUGAAUCUCAGAAGCAGGUCUUUGCGGAGCUUGGUCUCUCAUACAAAGCAAUCAGUUAUGCAGAAUUUGAGGCUGUAAAGGACAAAUUGGUUCAAGUUGCUCGGUUGAUUGAUCAGCCUGUACCAAGUGGUGAUGCUAUAUACUAUAAGGUUCCAUGGGAAGAAGUUCCAGGACUUGUGGCUGGCCGAAGAGUAUUUCUCCAUAAAGGAUAUGCAUAUAUUGCUAUUUAUCAGGUGGUUUCCCUUGUUGCAACACAAUUCCGCAGCUACCUAUCAAAGGCCCUAAGUCUGACAAACAGGAAGUGGACAUCUACGAUAAGAGAACAAGAGAAAGAUCGGUUGACCCCAAUAGUAGAAGCCCUUUGCACGAGCUACCUGGGUCCUGACUACUCACAGCCAAGAGAGUAUGCUGAUAUAUCAAUAAAAGACCUUGACCAAAUAGCUAAAAGUUCAUUUCCUCUUUGCAUGCGGCACCUAUUUGAAAAGCUGAAAGAAGAUCAUCAUUUGAAGCAUGGAGGGAGGAUGCAAUUAGGUCUCUUUCUUAAGGGUGUUGGCUUGAAGCUUGAUGAUGCCCUGGCUUUCUGGAGAGCUGAGUUCUCCCAGAGAGUUGGUGCCGAGAGGUUUGACAAAGAAUAUGCAUACGGUAUCAGGCAUAAUUAUGGAAAAGAAGGCAAGAGAGUGGAUUAUUCGCCUUAUUCCUGUCAAAAAAUAAUCUCAUCAUCACCUAGUGUUGGAGAUCAUCAUGGAUGUCCCUAUAGACAUUUCAGUGAAGAUAACUUAAGAGCAGCUCUUGGUAAAAUGGGAGUAAAUAACCGGACAAUGGACGAGAUAAUGGACAAAGUGCAAAAUAGACACUACCAGUUGGCAUGUACCUUGACAUUUGAAUCGAUCUAUGGCUCGUCGUGUGAUGCUGGGAUUAAUCAUCCAAACCAGUACUUCAUUGAUAGUCAAAAGGUCCUGCAAUCUAAGAACAAUUCAACAGCCUAGUAAAACACGUUCAAGCACCUCAAUUGGGAACCUACUUGGGAUUCUCCAGGUUUGUCCUUUUUGAUACCUACUCAUAUUGUUUGGUAUCAAAUCACAUUUCAUGCAGCCUUUUUGUUCCACUGGGAAAUUCUCUUACAAGGUGAAUGGGUCAAACCAGGUGUUUUUCCCAUCAAGAUCUUUAACCUUAAAAAUAGAAUUGUAAAUUUAUACAUGUAAAGUUCUCAACUGGAUCCUAGAUGUUCUUUUUCCUUCAAGGUGGUAGCUUGAUGGAUGUGGUUUUUGUUCCUCCAGAUAGUUGUAUUGUGGAAAUCUUCAAUAUUUUAUUUCAUCAUGCUCUUGUAAUAUUUGGAGCCUUCUACUCUAGUUCUUUGGUCCUUGUUUCAUUUCUCUAGCAGUUUGUAUCCUUCAACAUUUUGUUUUGGUAAGGAUUGCAUAGACCCUUUCUAA